AUGAAGCUCUUCCAGACUGUCCUCGACUUUCUGCACAAAUGCUUCCCUGCACACAAAAAAGCCAAUGCAGAAGAAUCAAAGCCUCUUCUACGAGAUCAAGACCAGGGAAGACAGAUGGUGCUCGCGAAGCGUAGGCUUAUAACAGUGGUUGAAUGCGAGCAAGACAUCGAAAUCGAAGCCUACCCACACGCUUCCAAUAAAUGGAGUUGGUCUACUUUACUUUGUCGAAUCGUCAUACCAUGCGAGGAAUGUUAUCGCCGCUUGGUAGCCGAACGUAUCCGUAAGAGAACCGAACUUGAUCGCGAAAGAGGCCCGAUGCCAGGAGACGUAUAUGUAUCGCCGGAAACUGGAUACGUAACCAUAUUCUACUCUCCGACCGAGAUAGUCACAUACCCACCACAUCAAGUUUUAACAAUCAGCAUUCCAGCGCCACCACCAAUCGUUAUUCAGGUGCCAAGGAGAUCGGGAAGACGUCACUGA